CUCUUAUCAAUUCUUAUCAAUUCUAAGUUUGUUUCCAGUAGUUGAAAACUUCUAUGACAGAGAGAAGCAACCUGGAAUUAAGAAGAAACUUCCUAAACAGUGAGGACAAUUAACCAGUGGAACAGCUUGCCUCCAGAAAUUGUGGGCACUCCAUCACUGGAUGUUUUUAAGAAGCUAGACCACGGGGUCAAACUCGCGGCAUCACGUUGCUAUCACGUGACUUAUCAAGAUGGUUUUCCCCUUCACGGAACUGGGGUGGGUGUGGCUUGUGCGUGACGCAUCUGGCCUGCAGGCCGCCAGUUUGACACCCCUGGUCUAGACAAUCAUUUAUUUGAAAUGGUAUAUAGGUCUGCUUCAGCAGGGGGCUGGACUAGAAGACCUCUGAAGUCCCUUCCAUCUCAUUCUAUUCUAAAAAAAACCCAUAUACCUUGUUUUGGUGAAACUCGACUUCAACUGAAUUUCAUAUUCCUCUAACGGAUAUAAAAUUUGUGAAGUGUAAAUAACACAUUUUGCAACUCUAUUUGCAGCAAAGGCUUCUUUACACUUGAGCAGUUUGUCACUUACUACUGAAAAGGGAAGAAGUGUAUACAUUACAGCUAUAUUUGGUGGUGGACUUAUUCUCAUUAAUGUCAAAGGACAAAACUGUGGAGUCCUUGGUGCUCGUUGAGCUUCAUGGGUCCCUCCCCCCAUUUCCUGACCAACUGAAAAUGUUAGAUGUUAAUACAAGAAAACAAGCUGAGUGGGUACCAAGGACUCCAUAGUUGAACCCUGAACUACUGGUUAACCCAGCCCACUAGUUUUGUCAAUAGUGGGGGGGGGGGGAGGCAGACACAAAAUCUUGUCUUUAGUUCUCCUCAGUGCAAAAAGAAAGCAGAAGCCACGGUCGAACCCAGCAGCUUUUUCCUUAAGAGUGCUUCUGCUGCCAAGAAAUUAUUUAAAUAGGAGGAAGAAUAACAGGGACAUUCUCUGCAUGCCUUUCUAAUAUUAUUAGCUUUUCAAGCUACGUCGCUUAAAAGGGCGAGCGAGUGGCAUUCCGUAGAGCCAAUCGUAUGCCAAUUGUAACAUUCACGAACCCGAGGGCCUCGUAUAACCCCGGUAACGAGUCUUGUGAUCGGGCGCGGCCCCGACGCCCUGAACUCUAUCUCCUGCGCGAGUCCGGUAAAUCACGUGCUGGGGGCGAAAGGAAGAGGGUAAGGAGGAGUAGUCCAUAGGAGUGUCUAAGGAGGCGGUGAAAUACGAAGGCUGACGCUGGGCUAGAACUCUGCGUUGAUAGGCUAGCGUUAGGCGGCUCUCGUCCGCGAUUGGCUCUGCAUCCGGGAGGGAGGUGUGGACAGGUAUUGGGAGGCCGUUGAGGCGGCGGCGGAGGGAGAGGGAGCCAGAAUAGGAUGGGGCAGUGAAGGCGGUUGGAGGCGCCGCGGAAAGUCGAAUAUGGCGCGGAGCAGUCGGGCUCUCGGCAAGGCUCUCGUGGAGAGGUUGGCAGUGCCUUCGCGUAGAGUAGCCCUCAGGCAUUUGACUUCUUGGGAAAUAUUGGUGAGCAAAGCACCACUACCACAAAUACCAGCAAAAAAUUGUGCCUUUCCAAGAAGGACUUACUUCAGCUUUACUGCACCAUUCGGGAACAAAAGGAAAGAAUAUUCAGAAAGAAGAAUUAUAGGGUAUUCUAUGCAAGAAAUGUAUGAUGUGGUAGCUGUUGUAAGCGAAUACAAGAACUUUGUUCCUUGGUGCAAAAAAUCAGACGUAUUAUCCAAACGUUCAGGAUACUGCAAAGCUAAAUUAGAAGUAGGAUUUCCUCCUGUGUUGGAAAGAUAUACAUCAGUUGUUACACUAGUCAGACCUCACUUGGUUAAGGCAUCGUGUACAGAUGGAAAAUUAUUUAAUCAUCUGGAAACUGUGUGGCGCUUUAGUCCAGGAAUUCCUGGCUAUCAAAGGACAUGCACCUUGGAUUUUUCAAUUUCUUUCGAGUUUCGCUCUCUCCUGCAUUCUCAGCUUGCCACAUUGUUCUUUGAUGAAGUUGUUAAACAGAUGGUAGCUGCAUUUGAAAGAAGAGCAGGCAAGCUCUAUGGUCCAGAAACUAGAAUACCUCGAGAGUUAAUGCUUCAUGAAGUGCAUCAUACAUAAAGUAGUUUUGAAAUUUCUUGGACACCAUCUUUACAUAUGAGAUGUUUUUCUCAUGUGGGCUUCCAAUUAUAUGGGGCAUUUUUUGCCAAUUAUGUAUAAUACUACUGUAUAAAAGAUGCAUGUAAGAUGCAGGUGUACAUAGAAGCUUCAGUCAAGUGCAAUUCUAAGGUGCUGGUAAGUUCACUGAGUGGCAGCUACAUUUACAAUGGCCUCCCAUCAUCUUUUCAGCAUGUAUAAAACUCAGCACUGUUACCAGUUCUAUAGCCUUAUUUUGACAAUGUUUAAUAUUUACUAUUGAAAUCAAGUUUUAAGUUAUUAUUUUAAAUGCAUAUUUAAGUUAUUUUUAGUAUUCAAAACUAGCUUUAACAAGCAGUGUGCAGUUCUGAAAACAAAGUGUGUUUUUGUAGUGCAUAAACUUUGGUAGCAAACUUAAUAUGCAGUAUUUUAGUAAGUUGUAUGAAUUCUACAGAAAGGGCUCAGCUUCAUCAGUACAUUAUUUAAUAUGGUACUGUAGUAAACUGUUGUAAGAUUCCAACAGGUAACUACCUAUACUGGGGGUCUUCUAUGAAUAAUCAUGAACUCUAGCUUUUAAAAUGUUCCAGUUAAUGACAAACCAUAAUGCCUGGGGGUUUAUGGCUUUCUUCUACCAGCAGAACUGACAGUGCUAACAAAGCACAUUCCCUACCUUCCUCCAUAGUUCUCUCCAUCUGCCUUGGAAAAUAAAUUAGGAAUGAACAGGAAAAAGGAUACUGUUUGCCAGAGUUGGCUUCUGUAACUUUGGCAUUAACUAUAUGUAAAUAUAGUUUAAGUUAAAACAGUGUAUUUGAAUUUAACAUCUAAUUUUAUAUAUUGCUGCACUUACCAUUUGUAAUAGUUUGAUGAUUAUAGCUAGAUUCAUAAACAUACUAUGACUAUUUUUGAUACUAUGCACUCCUCUCAUUGUUUAUUUUCAUAAAUGUGAGGGUACUGGAAUCUCUGGUCAGCUGUAUUCCUUACUACAAACUGCUUCACAAUGGUCAUAAGUCCCAUCAUCAAGUUAGCUCUGGACCCUUAAUCAUGAAAAAUGGUUACUCAGGCAAGAAAAGUUUGUAGAUCAAAUUGAAGUACAGCUGAAUUCUAAAUUGCUUCAGUGCAGUUCUAAUUUGUCACAAAAAUGUUAUUAAAACUUUUUUGUAGUAGGAAGGCAGCUCAAUCAUCCUGCUUUCUAUUUUCACGUAUUUAAAGAAAAAUAACUUGACAAUUUUAUAUGAAAGUUUAACUUUUGAGGAAUAACUUCUUUCCUUGAGAAAUAAGACUUUAAUGAUUAGUUACUGUAGUUGGCUCUGAAAUCCAAAAAAUAUUGUCUUGGAAAAUUUAGUACUUGGGAUGAACAGAUUAUGUUAUGAAUAAGUUAAUACAUACCAUAGCUUAGAGCAAUUGUUUUAUUACAUAAAGUUGUCACAUAAUUGUAUAUUUGUCUACUUUGUACACAAUUUUAUUCAGUCUUGCACACAAUGGCUUCUGCAUUUUUUAGUGACAGCAGGCACCAAUAAAGUCUUAUUUAGCAGAAUU